AUGUCCGAGGUCGUCUGGAAUAACGACUGUCGCUACCCAGGGCCCAAGGUCCACCACCUUCCGGGCUACGUCACGGGCACCCCGACUGACGCCGAGCUCGAUGCUCAACCGCGCCUGUUCACAUGGGGGGAGCUCAAAGAGAUUAUCCAAACUGGCGAGCUCCAGUACCUCUCGCGCAACAAGGAGAUGCAAGCUCGAUAUGAGGAGUGGAUCGGGAUGCAGAAGGAGACUUGGGGCUCAUCUGGUGAGUCACUUGCUGUGCUUGGCAUGCUUGUUCGUACCGCACGUGCUACCUGUGUGGAAAGGUCUCUGACGAGCCGUCUCCCAGAGUCCUACCUCAUCAACGCACGACUGCCGUGGGGCAAUGUAGGGCGCGACAAGCCUCUCGAGCCGACAUACGACCAGCGCACGGCCAUGGACCACCCCGAGAUUGACCUCACCCCCGCGACUAACCCGGACUCGAAGCGACACAAGGCCAACAACUCGGGUGAAUUCCGGUCAGGCUCGGCCGCUGUCGCUGCCAAGGCUCUGUCGCUGAACACCCACACACCGGGCACCGGCACUCCGGGACAGGCCUCGCACCUUGCCACAGCCGCGACUACGCCGGGUGGUUCGGGUGCCAGCACCCCGGCGUCGGUGGCAUACGUCUCCCUCGAGAGCGUACUGCCCCGCGUCAACAAGGCACUGGCCCGUGCCAGUAACAAGAGCAAACGAACCUCCCAGGUUGUCGUUGAUGGGGACGAUAGCAUUGACAGUGCCAGCAGCACCAAUGCCGCCGAGGCCGAUGACGACGAUGACGACCCGGCCUAUGAUGUGUUCCUCCGUUGGGAUCCAAAGGGGCUCGACCCGGAGAAGUUUGCCGUUCUCCCCAACGACUGGCCGUACUGCGUGCCCUAUGGUGUGAAGCACUACUGCGUGUGGUCGAGGGUGCCCAUUGCCCACCCCGUCCUGGUAAACUACGACUCGCAAGCUUGGGCAAGGAUCGAAGAGGAGGGUCUGGGAGGGUUUACUGGCGUCGUCCCUGUUCUCCCCGACAGUCUCGAGGAGGCAGAGGUAGACGCCACCUCGUCGCUCCCCACCCCACCCUCGUCAGGAGCAACAACUGGCGCGUUCCCUCCAGCCAACGUCGGCAAGGCCAAGGAAGCCGGCGCGAUGGCGGCUGGCGCGGGCCGCGCUGGUCCCUCCAAGGCCGGCCGUGGUGGCUGGUACGCCGUUGAUGUGCAGUACGGCGGCCACGAGUUGCGCCGCUGGGCCGGGGUCGAGUACGAGGCCAAGGGCGGUGUCGAGGUGGGCCGUAUGGUCAGGGGCCUCUGGGAUGAGCGCGGUUGGGAGACGGUGUGGUUUGUCAACCCCCCACGCCUCCAGUCAGUCCCGGGAUUCUCGCACUUUCACGUCUUCGCGCGCCGCAAGACCCCGCCGGAGAUCGACGUCAGCGAACAGGUGUUCGCAGACAGUGUACACAGCCCCAGUGGCGCCUCUCCCACCCUCGCCCAGGCCUAA